AUGGAUAUUUCAUUCGCUCUCACCGGGAAAGGCUUCGUGAUAGUCGCAGCAGACACUACUGCCGCGCGUUCCAUCGUCAAGAUGAAGUUGGACGAGGACAAGAUCAAGGUCCUUAGUCCACAUCUACUUAUGGCUUUCUCAGGAGAGCCAGGCGACACUGUUCAAUUUGCGGAAUAUGUCGAGCGCAACAUUCGAUUGUACCAGAUCCGGAACACAUACGCUCUGCGGCCAUCUUCCGCUGCUUCGUGGAUUCGUCGCACACUUGCCGACUCCAUCCGCUCUCGCAAACCGUAUGCAGUAAACCUACUCGUGGGCGGUUAUGACACAAGCACGCACACUCCUAGUCUCUACUGGGUUGACUACCUCGGCACACAAGCAAGCGUGCCAUUCGGGGCACAUGGGUAUGGGAGCUAUUUCGCGCUCAGUUUGCUGGAUAGAUAUCAUAAUCCCGAAGCCACACUUGAAGAAGGACUAGAUACACUGCGGCGAUGCAUCGACGAAGUGUCCAAGCGACUGAUCGUUGCGCCUGGAAAAUACAAAGUUAAGAUUGUAGACAAGGAUGGCGUACGAGAGAUUGAAUUGUAG